UUAAGGAAAGGACUCAAACUUCUACAUCUUAGUCGUAUUAUUUUAAAAGCAUCUAUUUUCAGGUUACAAGUUUCCAACUAAUGAGAACUGGCAAAAAAAUGUAAUGUGUUUGAGAGACAGUUUUUGACACACAUUUACGCAGUACAUUACGCAAAACAUUAUGCAGUACAUUAUCUACAGUACGUUAAAAUUACACAAGAUUGAAAUAAUGAACUUCUCUUCGACUAUCGAUUCCUUGAACAACAGCAUUAACAUUACAAGCUCAUCGUCUAGUCCAUGUUACGUCCACGAUGCGUUCUCAGUCAAACUCGGACGAGUAAUUGCCUACAGUGUAAUUAUAUUGGCAUCGUUGUUUGGAAACAUCUUCAUUGUUUCUGUGGUUUCCAGAUAUGGAAGGAGGCGAAAGACCAUCAACUUAUCUGUUGUGAAUAUGGCAAUUGCAAAUCUUGUCAUUACCAUCGUAUAUAUGCCGAGAUUGAUCCCGAUGUAUUUAAUUGGUUCUGUUUGGCUCGUUGAGGGAGAUUUUGGUUACGUUCUGUGCAAAACUGCUCCAUUUCUUCACACGGUAGCAAUUAUCGCCUCAGUUUUGACUCUGUUGACCUCAAGUCUCGACACUUUCUGCGCCGUAGCGUUUCCUUUGAGAAAUCCCUUCACUACCAAAGUAGCAAAAUUUGCGAUUUUUCUUAUAUGGGUUUUGGCAGUUAUCGCCCGAGUGCCCUACUUCAUAGCCUUGCGCACCAAGACUUCUAAGGGAAGACAAACUUGCAGUUCCAGUCUUACAAAAGCGUUUAAUAACGAGGACGCCCGAGAUAUAUACUACACGUUCCUUUUCAUAGCGUUUUAUGCUACCCCAUGGCUGGGGAUAUUCGUCUUGUAUCUAGCCGUUGCUUUCAAACUUAAAACAGGUAAAACUCCCCGCCAGGAGAGAACAACAGCGGUUCGCUUGGACAGAUUACGAAUCAGAGCAAUACGUAACAUAGCAAAAAUGAUGAUUUUAAUUACACUUGUGUUCUUAGUUUGCUGGAUAACAUACUUCACAGCCCAAAUUACCUACAGCAAAGUUCCAUGCAGCUUCAGAUUUUGGCGCAUUUUCUUGGCGCAUAGUAAUUGUGCUAUUAGCCCCAUAUUGUUUGCUGUUUACAAUUCAACAGUGCGGCGAGGAAUUAAGGAUCUUGUAAAAAAAAUUAGGUCACCGACAAAGGAUCUUCAGGAAAAUGAUGCUUUUCGCGGUAAUCUUUUUCAAAAGAAGGGAGGAAUGCGUAGAAAAGUUUAUACAUUGUCUCCAACACAAAAUAAAGGAGGAAAAACACCGACCUUUUUUCAUGACGAAAGCAUAAUCUUGAGUGACUUAAGUGAGAUGAAUCGAAGAGAUUACACGCGAAGAAAAAUGAAUUCCACAAGUAGAAAAAAUCAAGGAAGAUUCGAACUCGGAAUUGUGAAUCAUGGAAAUCAAGACAAUAACAGAUUGACAAAUGGAUUUCUUAGUUUUAACGCAUUAAAAUAGAUGCUUGGUGAUACUAAAUCAAAACUUUAUUCUGAAAUGUUAAAAAAGUAGGAACGUUUUCAUCGUUAAAAUCCUUACAUGAUAACAGUGAAAUCUCUGUUAUUACGUGUGUCCUAAGAGAAUAUAAUGACUAAGAAUAGGAUAAGCUGGUACCUUAAAAAAAAGUUCUUCUCCUUGAGAACUAUCAAAACAUAAAGACCCAAAAGGCAUUAAUUUUUCAUUGCGUAGAGAGCGCAGUAGAAGAAGCUUAUAAAACCUGGAUCAAAAAAUACAAAUCGUUAUUUGCAAAACCUCAAUUGAUCACGCGAUACUUGACAGUGAAAAAAUAACCUUUACUCUGCCAAACAUGCCAAAAACUAAAACUGUUAUAUAAUGCUAAAAUGAUAGCUUGUAAUCAUCUCUGAAUUUUUUUCAGUUUUACGAUUAGACUUCAACACUGUAUCAUGCUUUUUCUUCCACCUUGUUUACUAAAGUCUCAUUAAAAAUAUAAUCUAAAAAUAGUUAUGUUUUGACAAAACUGCACGAACUGCAUGAAGAAAACUUAACAUGAUUAAAAAAGGGACAAAAUGCAAAGGCUAAGCUUUGGUCAAAUGCAGUCAUUCAUGAUAAAACAGUUGGGUCCCUUUCUUUCUGGUUAAAGUAAAAUAUUUUGCAUCUCCCCUUUUGUUGAUUUCCCAAAGCAAACUCACAUGGCAUUGACAGAGCUUUGUUUCUAUGCAAAGCGAAACUUGUUCCUUUUACAAAGAAUGAAGACAGGGUAGUUUGCCUUAAAUACAAAACAGUUUCCGCGCUAAACAAGGGGUAUGAAGGCAGAAAAAAUUGUCUGAUACGUGCAAAUUUUGUUGCGUAAAUUAACUCACCCUUCGCCAUCAUUUAGUGGUAUGUUAUGUGAAAAAAUUGUAUCGACAUCUUGUUGCAAAGAGAAACACUCAAUUUCGUUUUGUAGAAACAUUCACAAGUGUAUAUGGAGCAUUUUAAGUCUUUCAACGAUCAAAACAAUAUACCUUUUCUUUGGAAUUGCUCAAAGUUCCACCUAAAGCAAGCACCACCUUCACGCUCUUUCUCGAGUGUGACAUUCCUAGCUUGUUCCUGAACCACAAAUGUCUUUUGUUUGAAAAGAAGAGAUAUGAAAGAGGAAAAGCAGUCUUCACCAGCUUUUAUGAAAGAGUAACGCCGGAAUAUUGUCACAUUCAAGUGAUAACCGCUGCCCAGUUAGCCCAAUGGAUAGACCGCUGGACUGUUGCGGUGCGGGAGGUGGUGUGUUCGAGCCCCGGCCGG